AGGCAGGGAGGACAGAGGGGUUUUCGCAGGCUCUAUCUGUCUCGAUUUUGCCUAUCUCCUUUCAAGAAGCCAGCAACUAUUUGGACAGAGCAGGGCUGUCUGGACAGAGUGAUUACUCAACAGUCUCUCCCUUUUGUCUCUCCUUGCCCAGCCCAGACUGUUUAAAGUUUUGAAUAGACGUUAGUGCUUGGGAACCUGCUCUGGGAAAGAGGACAAGAGAACAGAGACGGGAAUAGCUCAGAGCCCCAGUGACUCUCUCACUGUCCUGCUCUGCCCAGCCCUGUACCAACACGUCCAGUGCCCAAGUGGAAGCUGCCCUACAUGCAGGGACCAUGGGGGUUGUGCCAAAGUCUCCUGACCUUGCUCCUGAGUUUCCUUCACGUUACCUGGGCAGAAAUCCAAAUGCCCCAACUGCAAAAGGAGGUUCCUCCAUAUCAAGGGCACGAGGCUGAUCCUCUGGAGACCGCUUCAUGGGAUUUCCCUGACAGUGCUCUGAGCUUGAAGGAAAGUUUCUUGCUUCUGGCCCUGCACAACAGACUUCGGAGCAAAGUCCACCCGCCAGCUGCCAACAUGCAGAGAAUGGACUGGAGUGAUCAGUUGGCCGGGCUGGCCCAGGAGCAGGCAGCCCGCUGUUCAGCUCAGGCCCUGCUCCCUGCCCGCGUCCAGGCCCUGCAGUUGGGCUGGAAUGUGCAGCUCCUGCCAGCUAGGGUCGCCUCCUUCGCUGAUGUGGUCACUUCGUGGUUUCGAGAGGGGCAAGGGUAUACCUACGCAGCUGCUCAUUGUGCUAGCAACUUGACCUGUGCUCACUACACCCAGCUGGUGUGGGCCACCUCAAGCCAACUGGGCUGUGGGAAACACCUGUGCACUAUGGGCCUCAUGGAGAUGGAGGCAUUCGCUUGUGCCUAUUCUCCUGGGGGCAACUGGGAGGUGAAUGGGAAGACGAUUGUUCCAUACAAAAAAGGGGCCUGGUGCUCGCUCUGUACUGCUGGUGUCUCAGGCUGUUUCAAAGCUUGGGAUCAUGGAGGUGGGCUCUGUGAGGUACCCCGAAACCCAUGUCGGAUGAGUUGCCGGCACAACGGACGUCUCAAUGUCAGCACCUGUCACUGUGACUGCCUCCCAGGUUACACCGGCAGGUAUUGCCAAGUGAGGUGCAGUGUACGGUGUCAACACGGCCGAUUCCGGGAAGAGGAGUGCUCCUGUCUCUGCGACGCUGGCUAUGGCGGAGCUGAGUGUGCACUCAAGGUCCAGUUCCCCUUCCAUGCCUGUGACCUUUGGAUAGAUGGCAGCUGCUUCAUGAUCUCCCCGGAGGCAGACACCUACUAUGGAGCCAAGAGUAAAUGUCAGGAGAAGGGUGGAAUGCUGGCUCAGAUUGAGAAUCAAAAAGUCCAGGACAUCCUCGCCUUCUACCUGGGACGCCUGGAAACCACUAAUGAGGUGACAGAUGCUGACUUUGAGACCAGAAACUUCUGGAUUGGACUGACCUACAAGACCUCCAAGGACUCUUUCCGUUGGGCCACAGGAGAGCAUUACUCCUUCACCAGUUUUGCCUUUGGCCAGCCAGACAACCAGGGGUUUGGGAACUGUGUGGAGCUGCAGGCAUCCGCCGCCUUCAAUUGGAAUGACCAACGCUGCAAAACCCGAAACCGCUACAUCUGCCAGUUUGCCCAGGAACACAUUUCCCAGUGGGACUUGGAGCCCUGAAGUGGGAGCUCCUAUCAUCUCUGCCAGCCUUCAGCUCAUCCCUCCUUCCUCUGCCCCAAGCCCUUGAUACUUAUCUGGAUGAACAUGAUUCAGGCAGCUCAGAAGAUGUUCUGGAUCAAGGAUACCUCCCCCUGACAUCUGCUAUGCUUAUCUGACAUCUUUGUAUCUCUGUGAAAGAGUGAUGGGGCCCAGGGAGUGAGGCAGAAGACUCAUUGACCACCAGGGAAGGUGUGUGUGAGGGCAUGAGGGUUGACUGAAGCAGGUGAAAGUAACCAUUAGAGGCCCCUAGUCACUAACCACCCCACCUUCUCUGUACCCUCUUGGGCACAGGGUAAGAGGGGUUUCUGGGCCAGGUCUUCCUCUUAAUGUUUUCUGUUGUGGUAUCCUUCUUUUUGCUUCUACUGGUAUAUAGAGAGAGCCAAGAAAUGUGUGUCAGACUCAGCCCUGGCCAUCCUGAAAGGAUCCACCUCACACCAUAAGCAUUGCUCAUUAGAUAAUUCAAAGUCCCUGGCAGGAAGCAUGGGCAGAGAGGGACCACUCCCCAACCCCCUCUAUGUGUGUGAUAGUAAGUCUGGGUCCUAGGACCUGGCUAGUGAUGGUAUUGGGCAAGAAACAUAGCAAAGCAGCACCUCUGGGCACUUAGAAUGUCCUUUG